AAAUACCGUUGAAACCAGUUGUUCAUAUUUUGACAUUUAUGGGGCUUUAAUUGUGAAAUUCUCCAUUAGAAUAUCCUCAUUAAUCUGAAAUUGAAACUGUUCAAUGGGAACAGUUGCUGCACUACGUGUCGCUCUGCUCUCCGUUUAGCAACAUCUCGUGAAAAAUCAUGUAGAUUAGAUUUAAAAAAAACUAAUAUCUCAGUUUUCGUUGUUUUCUCUGGUCCGGGGUUGGUCACAGUGAAGCAGUGGCGCAAACAUGAGGGAGUUUGCAGGUUUGUCAGCGGAGAGGGAGGAAACCAUUGUGCAACCUACAGUUUUGCACGUACAACACCCGCAGGGACAAACUCUGGUUCACAUAAGCUGAAAGAAUUACGCGCUGCACCAUCACCACAUGAACGACCGGAGACUUGCAACUGCGAAAAUCAUCUUAAAUAAUAUAUAUAUGAUUUAUAUAUUUUUUUUAAAAAGGGGAACACUGUGUUCCUGUUUAUCGCGCACGUUUAUCUCGAAAUUUAAAGCGAGCGAUCAGCUGGGGCAACCUCGCUCUGUGGUGACGCACAGUAACACCUUGGAUUAUUGGUUCAGAGCGGCAGUGUGUCAGUGUGUGACGCGGCCGGAGCACCUAUCCGCGAGGGGGACACUCACGUCAGACGGCUCCAUCUCUUGCCUCACUGGUCUCUCCUCAUCACGACCACUUCGGUUCUGCAGUGCAGGGGCUGCAGCGAUUUAUGGAAGAGGAGUGCGUGCGUCCUGUACCGGUCAUGCUGCCCCCAAAGAACUGCCUGCCGAGGAACUACAGCUGUAUCGCCGGUCUGUUCGGAAGCCUCGCUGCGGCGAACCCGCGGCUCGAGGAUGGAGAAGAUUAUGACAUGAUGAACGGCACCUGUGAGCCCAUCGAGAGCCCCGUGGUGGACGAGAGGCCACGGGGCAGAGAGGUCUUCCUGAAGCCCCAGAGUCCGAACCUGCGUCGGAGAUGCAAGUCGCUGCCCACGCACACGGAGAGAGCAAAGUUGGAGAUCUCCCGCAGCAGAAGUCCAACCAGUCAAAAGAAAGUCCGGUUCGCGGACUCCCUGGGCCUAGAGCUCAUUUCAGUGAAGCAUUUCGAUGAUUCGGAUGUUCCCGAAGUGCCGGAGCGCAUACUGGCCAAACUACCCAAAGGACCUGUGCACCUUAAUCACCGGGACACCAAAUUCCCCCGGUCACCUGCGCAGUCGUUAUUCAUGGAGUUGCAGUUCACUAACCCGGGCACACUCCCCGGCUUCGAUCAGAGAGUGAGGGAGGUGAAAGUCCUGCUGGAGAUCGUCGAAGCGGACGAGUUCAGCCUCUCCGGGAUCGUGCGCGUGUUGAAUAUGGCCUUCGAAAAGAGCGUGUUUUUGCGGUAUUCCAUAAACAACUGGAUAACAUUCAUGGACAGCUUGGCGUCCUACGUGCCCAACUCCAACGACGGCGUCACCGAUAAGUUUUCUUUCAAGAUCGUCAUGCCCACCUUCCUCGACAGCGGCGGCGCGCUGCAGUUCGCCAUUAAGUACUGUGUCGGCGGACAGGAGUUCUGGGACAAUAACAACGGGGACAAUUACAGAGUGCGGCGUCAGCCGCUCAAGAUGUCCCCACCACGUGAAUGGGAGAACGGAUGGAUUCACUUCAUCUGAGCUGCACGUCCACCAGCGGUGGGCACACUGCGUGCGUAAUUUUACGCGCACUUGAUCCCCGGGUACCUUAAUUAUGACUGUAGCCUGUUAAAAAAAAGAUUUUCUCCCCUGCCAUUGUCAGCUACAUACAUUUUGUGACGCCACAGUAUAACACAUGUUUUGUCGUGAUGUGGCGACUAUGCGACUGUGGCCGGUUUAGGAGUUGCCCAGAGGGGGGGGGGCUCUGUACAGCUCGGUGCCCUUUGGGGAGGGCAUGUUCGUGUUAUGUAAAAACACGUGCCACGGAAAACGUGCCGGGCGAUGCCAGCUUCUGGCAUCACUGUUCAUUUCAGGAGAUGUUGUGUAUAUAGACGUUUUUUUGGCGGCAUGGUGACACGAGAGUCAUAGUUUUGCAUGUGUGGGGAUGGGGUGGGUGGGGUGAUUUUGGACCGACAGACCACCAAAUUCAUGGUAUCAUUUCCCACUGUCGUGUCUUUGGAAAAAACCCGCCUUAUUUUAAGCCAUGCUGUGUGGGAAAAGUGCAUUAAAUGAUCCUUUAAUUAGGUUUAUAAUUAUUUAUUUUACCUUUUUAAACAUUUUAAAUAAAGGCCUCUAAUGACAGGUGAAAGACCUGCAGGCAUCCAAACCAGGGACACCAUAGUUUGUCAUCAUUCCACUGUCAACACCAGUUGUGUAUUGUUUUUUUUUAUUAACAUAACAUUGAUUCAAUAUUUCUUGCCAAACUUUAAAGUUAAUGUCCAAAGACAAUAAAUUUAAGAAAUAUCUAUAUUUUCCCCAAAUUAUAGCUAUAUAUAUGUUUAACUUCAAGUCAUACAAAGAUUCUCGUCAUGUUCAGUGAUGAGAGGUUUUUUUGUUAGUUGCUCCCCCAAAGAAAAACAAAGAAAAACACAAGUCAGACUUGCCUCCGUUUCCUCGUGGACCACUAAUUCAGGAUUGUCAUUCUGAAAAACAGAUAUUUUUCGCAGUAUAAUUUUCUAAUAGAUACAUUCAGAUAAGAGAAGUAUUCUACGUUUUAAAAUGUAAAUGUGUAUUUAAUGUUCUUGAUUGCACUGUGAGACACACACUCACUGUGUUCGUCCAGCUUCUGCUGGGGUUAGAGGUACGUGAUAGUCGUCGUGUACCAAGCUUCGCGCUGCUGCUCCUCACACCUUCACACGCAGACAUUUCCAUCACCAGAGUGAGACCUUUUGACCGAUUGAUUUCUUUCCAUCACAUGCCUUGAUUGAUGUUACUCAGUCGUCUUCCAAUCCUGCCCCCUGGUCAUUUGGUGUGGGGGAGUUGAAGUCUUUCUGGCAUAAAGGUGCGCUUGUCAUUGGCAAAAAAUCUUUUAGUCUAAUUAAAGACAGUUAUUCAUGGUGGGUUUUUUUAUUACAUCGAUAUUCGAGUGAGUGCAGAGAGCUCAGUCUCAACAGGCAAGGUGCUUUUUUUUUUUUUGCACUGUAAUCUGAACAUCACUUUGGCCUUUGUUUACAUCAUCAUGGAAACAGAGGGGAGGCAUGGCUGUUAGUGAGGCCAUCAAGGUCGGGGUGUGGAUAAAAGACCAUUCCUGUAACCACUUAGAUUUUGGAGCUGUUCCACUGUGAAUCCAUCAACGUUGUUUGUCUCAAAAUCUGAUAGGGUUUGUGUCGUCGUUGUGCUCCGAGGCUACCUGACGCUCUUAGGAUAGGUUCUGCUGAAAGGUGGCCUGGAGUGAUUUGAUGUUUGCUUCAUGGUGCACUUUCACUCAGCUCACUUGCUUAGUUGAAUAGACGGUGGAUGUGUAGAGAGAGUGUUACUGUGUGUUAUGUUGUGACAUCAGUGUUGCAUAUGGACUUUCUAAACUGUGUUCAAGCGUCCGUGCAGUAUGGUCAGUAUGAUGUGAGUACACAGGGCUGCAACAAUUCAUCUAUGAAUUAGGGAUGCACGAUAUUGGACCUUUUGCAGAUAUGCGAUAUAUCGGGAGUGCUCUGCCCGAUAACCGAUGCCGAUACCGAUAUGUAUACAUUUUUCUCUGAGCCCAGCUGCAGAGGGUCAUUUAGUCUCUUCUGUAGUGAUAACAUUUUGCCUAGUAAAAUAAAUAGCGGCGUGUUUAGCCUCCUGUUGUCAUCAGUCAUAUCGGCAGAGCUUAGUGCUUUGAUAAUACAUUUUUAUAGCCGACAUAGUGCCGAUAAUAUCGUGCAUCCCCCACUAUUAAUUGAUUAGUCAUUAACUACUUGAUAGCAAACUUCUUUCAUUAUUGUGAAUAUGUUUUUUAUCACCCCCCCCCAGUAUUUGACGGAUGAAUCGGUUACAAAAGUGACAGCCCGACAAGAGAUGCAUCAAUGCCAACAAGUCGCGAAAGAGGCUGUGAUUAUUAUUAUUAUUAUUAUUAGUUUUUACAAUGUAACACGACAGUGUUGAGACUUACUGUGACAUAAAUAACUGUCUAUGCAUUCUUCACUUGAGUUUUAAGUUUCCACCACAGCUUCAUCCAGCGGUUGUUAUUGGUGCAUCCCUGCACAAGAGAAAACAAAGGGCUUCUGGUCUGAUCAGCUUUUUACCUCAACAUAUACAUCACAGUUUACUCACUGAUAUAUAGAUAUGUACGUAAAUGUGUUAACUGUUUCACGCUGAAUGUCCUCCUGUUACUGUCCUAUGAUGCGUGUAUUUCGAAGCAUUUUUUAAAAAAGGAGACUUUAGGGGGGAUGAGGGAUGAAAGUGUAUGUGAUGAUGUUGGCACGGUGUAGGAUUGGAAAAAAAAAAGGUCCCAAAAUAGUGAAUUUAUAAAGCACACUUACGAAAUCUAAUCUCGAAUCGAGUCAAAAUGAUGCGGAUAUGUGUUUUCCAACACGGGAGAAAUGUAUGUGGAAGAAUUUAAAUGAGCGGCUACGGUGAAGGUGAACACUGCCGAGUUAAAUUGUGUUUUUAUGUGUGUGCAUGAGGGAGGAAGACAGCAAGUGGUUGUAUAGGAAGAAUUUAAAAGCAGGUGAAAAAGGGGGGGGGGGGUAAAUGCACAGCAGCGUUUAGUCACUUUUAAACACGAGCGACUUAUGAUUGUAGCUGAUACUGAGCAAACUCAGUGAGGUCAGGGCGAAUGCACUUUGAGUGAGAAUAAGGAAAGGACCACAGUGUACACUGUAUACCAGAAGAGAGCUUCUCCUGUGAAUACCUACUAACCAUUCUGUCUUUUUACUGCUGUUUUCUCUCACUAUGGAAAGCCUAAAUCACCUCUGUCUAAAUUAUAACCAUUGUAUGGCACCAGAGUUAUUCCUCGGUUUUUGCUUACUAGUCUGUGAUUUCCUUUUCUUUCCUGUAAAUCCUAUGCAGUCUUUUUAUGUGUUGUAACAUCUGCAGUUUUUUUUGAUUUGUACAAUGAGAUGUCUGUCUUUUUUUUUCUUUUUCAUACCUCUUUAAUUUAAUGCUUUGUUUUUAGUGCUACCUAAAUAUUUUGUUGAAACGUUGUUUAAUAAAGGCAUUUGUGA